UUAUGGACUCUGGUGAACUGCGGUAUACAUAGUGUUGGUCCUAGUAAGUGCUUGUACACAUUGGUAUAUAAUAUAGUUUGUUUGUUCUAUUUAAAGUUCGAUUAAAGUAAUUGUUACAAACAUUCAAUAUAAAUUAACAAGCAUAAGGAGAUGUAUGGAAUUAAUGUUUUGUAAAGAAAUGUCUAGUUAAUGAAGGAAGUGUAAAUAUUCAGUGCGAUGUCGUACAGUAUACCGCCUAACAGUUAUCCAUUCAAUAACUGCAAUAGUUAAAUUUGUAAUUAUAAUUUUAUUUUUAAGUCUAUUUGAAAUGAAAUUGUAAUUUAUAGUAGAAGGUGAAAUUUACUUAUAAAUAAUAAUGGUACGAAUAAAGUGGUCAUUGACCAAUGCUCCAAACAUUCUUAGGCUUAAUUUGAAACAGAAAUGGUGGAAUUUUCAAAUUAUUAUAAAAUCAUUAUUUUAUAAUGAUUUUUUGAAUUGGAGCUAUAUAUGUGAUAUACUUUUGGAACCAAUGUUUUGGUUUGUAGAAAACUUUACUGCUUGUCUAGGGCCGGUAUUUGUGGUGAUGGUGAGCCUUUUAACUGCAAGUAUCGUGUACAUUGCAUAUUACAUUGGUCUACCAUAUUGGUGGGAAAAGAGUCCAUUUAUGACAAUAAUCCUUCUACUGGUUGGAAACUGGUUGCUGAUAAAUGUAUGCUUCCAUUAUUAUAUGGGUGUAAAUGUUCCAGCUGGUUAUCCACCUCAAGGUAGUCUUAUUCCAGAGGCUGUGAGUAUUUGUAAGAAGUGUAUUAAACCAAAACCACCCAGAACACAUCAUUGUUCUGUGUGUAACAGAUGUAUCCUGAAGAUGGAUCAUCACUGUCCAUGGUUAAAUAAUUGUGUUGGCCAUUACAAUCAUAGACACUUUUUUCAAUACAUGGCAUUUACAGUAGUUGGUAUUUUAUUCAUAAUGCUGUUUGGCGUUGAAAUAGCAUAUCAAGAAUUUUUCCCAGCACAAGAACCAGAAUUAGAUGGCCAUCCAGUGCGUAUUAAUAAUUCCGAAAUAAUUCCUGUGACCGAAUCGUUAGAUCAUUUAAGUGAAGAAGAAUUAGCUGAAAUAGCUAAACAAGCUGCAGAUACAAAUACUAAAGAAUGGAAACGAAGACUUAUAGUUUUUGCAGCAUUAAUUUGUGUUGCUACUUUUGCGGCAUUAGGUGCUUUGACAUGUUGGCACGCGGGUCUUAUCACUAGAGGAGAAACAAGUAUAGAGGCGCGUAUAAACAGCACUGAAACGCAAAAGUAUAAAGCACUUGGUAAAAUAUAUCAAAAUCCAUAUAACUUCGGACCAAGACAAAACUGGAAACUAUUUUUAGGUGUUACUGGCAGAAGUUGGUGGCAUGUAUUUUUUCCAUCAAAUCAUGGUCCAUAUGGAGACGGUCUUACAUGGAAAACUAUUCACGAUACAAAAAUAUCUUGAGUAUAAUUCUAACGCCAAGAAACGGCAAUAUCAGCAUUAUUUUUUACAGUCAUGGUGAAAUCACUCUUACAGAUUUAAAAAUCUUCUAGUCAGACUAUAUCACUACAAAAAUACAAUAUUACAUCCAAUUCACGUUUUGCAUAGUUCGAAUAACUUAAUAUCAAUGUAAAAAUCACAUCAAGUUUUCAAAUUUACAAUAUCACUUAAUUAUACUAAACAUGUAUAUACACGUCACAACAGCUAUAUCAGCGUCUAAAAAGGUAUGUCACGUUCAACUUACAUUGUUAAGUAACAUUAUUAAAUAUUUUGAACUUUCCAUGUUUACAUCAGUCGAAUCAAUCACUGGAAAAAUAAAGUUUUUUAUCUUUGCAAA